GUCACAACAGGAUCAGUCAACGAACGCCUGUUGUUUAGGUUGUAGGGUUUGUUGAAAGUUUAAAUAUUACGAUAAUAUUCUAAGAUAAGAAUCGUUAAAUGAAAUAACAAACGAGUAACGUAAUUUAAAUAAUUGAUUAAUAUAUUCGAUGAGACUUAAAUAAGCAUUAUAGUGCGAGCCUUUAAAAAAGUAAUAAACUAAGAAGAGCACCAUGUGCUUAUGAAGCAGAAUCGUAUGUAUUUACAAGUCUGUCAAUUUAUAUAACUGCAAGAUGGAUACGGAGCCGAAAGAAAGUUCAGAUUUGCUCAAAGCAAGGAACGCAGUUGAGACCAACGGAAAAUUAAAAAGUGAAGACCUCAAAGAUCCUCCUGAUGGAGGUGUACGAGCAUACUCGGUCAUGGUUGCAUCGUUCCUUACAAAUGGCCUUUUUUUCGGCGUAAUUAAUUCUUACAGUGUCAUAUACACAGUCCUUGAAAAUCAUUUGAAAAAUGAAGGAAUCUCUAACUCAGAAAGUCGUGCUGCUUUGGUGGGCGCUCUUACCAUGGGGACUACGUUUUUCCUUUCGCCACUGUCUGGUGUAUUGACUGGCGUGUUAGGUAUCCGUUUAACCGCAGUCUUAGGUGGCACGAUUGCAACAGCUGCAUUACUUUUAUCUUCCUUUUUCGUAUACAAUGUAGGAGUGCUCUAUUUCACCUAUGGCAUAAUGUAUGGAUUAGGUGCAUCUUUUGCCUACACUCCCUCUUUGGCUAUUCUUGGUCAUUAUUUCAAAAAACAUUUAGGUUUAGUUAACGGAGUUGUCACCGUAGGUAGUUCUAUUUUUACUGUGAUUAUGCCACCCCUAAUGGAAUAUAUGAUAUUGCACCAUGGAUUAGAUUGGUUACUUAGGCUCUUAGCUGUCUUUACAUUAGGUACAGCAGUAUGUGGUUUUAUUUUCAAACCAGCUCCAUCUAUGGUAACGAAAGCGUCAAGGGAAGACGACAGCUGGAAAUCUUUGUUGAAAUCAAUUGUAAACAUUCAAAUCUGGAAGAAUAAGAAGUAUAGAUUUUGGGCUUUAUCCAUGCCCGUUGCACUCUUUGGAUAUUUUGUUCCUUACGUGCAUAUCAAAAAGUUCAUCGAGAACAAUUUUGUUGAUGUCAAUACCAAUCUCCCCUUGCAGUGCAUUGCUGUUACAUCAGGUCUCGGAAGAUUAAUUUUUGGCUUCCUGGCUGAUAAACCUGGUGUUGAUAGAAUCUUGUUACAGCAGAUUUCUUUCUACGUCAUUGGGGUCUUGACGAUAAUUUUGCCAUUUGUUAACAAGUUUGGUAUACUGGUAGCGAUUGCGUUAGGUAUGGGAAUAUUCGAUGGCGCAUUUAUUGCGUUAAUCGGACCCAUAGCAUUUGAGUUGUGCGGCGGUGCUUACGCGGCGCAGGCAAUAGGCUGUAUGUUAGGACUUGCUGCUGCUCCAUUAUCAGUCGGACCACCCAUAGCUGGCUAUAUUUACAGUAUCAAUAAAUCAUACACUUUGCCUUUCGUUCUCGCUGGCAUAUCGCCUCUGGUCGGCGCAACUCUAAUGUUUGCUAUUCGUUUACAACGAGUUCCCUCAAACGAAGAAUCAAUUAAUACAAAUGGUAUCGCUGUUCGUCCAGUUUCUGUACAUAUAGAAAAAUCGCCGAGCCUGUUACUUAGUAAUGGAGAUGCAAACCAACAGACGAAUUUAUAACGUAGUUUGAUGUAAGGAAACUUUGCUUAAAAGCAUUAUCAACUGGCCGAAAAAUAAUAAAGAAAAUGGACUCAAGAUUUUGCAAACUUCUCGUAGAAAAGACCGUUUAAAAAGGUAGUUGUUGCAUCAGCCUAUGUAAGUAGUGGAAUCUAUUUGGUAUAUAAUAUCGAGUAGAUAUUCUUGUUACAAAGAGCAGAGAAAAUUUGUCACGAGUUUCGACUAUCGUGUUAUUUUCGUCAAUUUUUUACACCAAAGUGAAAAUAGCCUUAUUGGCUCAUAAGUUAAUCUGUAGUGUUAGAGAACGCGCACAACACGCAUUUCCAGACAUUUACAUGUUGAUGUGCAGUUGAAAAAAUGAAAUAGACUUUAUUCUCAUAAGUUAUUGUUAAUUACGUAUGCUUGAUUAGUUGUAAGAAGCUUGAAAAGUUUAUGAAGGCAUUUAAAACUAAACAAAUCGCAUAAUAUGUAUGCUAUGUACAUUUUGCAGUUACAUUGUUACCGUUCGAAGUUCCUAGUUUAGUUUUAAAAUGUUUAAAUAGAUUACCUUAAUGUUUAUUUUAAAUUAGUGAUAGUCUCCUGAAUUUGUCAGUGAUGUUAUAGGUUUUGCUAAAUUUUACAAAUACCUUACUGUUUUAUCAUUUAAUUUGUAAAGUGACUUUAAAUCCAUAGGCUGCACCCAAACAUGACGACUUGACCAAUUAAAAACUUGGCAUAGAUUUGACCA